GAGCUCGGGAGCUGACGCGGCACACCUUCUCGUGUGCACCAUGUGAGCUGGCCGGAGCCGACGUACACCGCUCGUCAUGAGGAGCCACGCUCUGGCCCAGCUGGCGGUGCUGGCGCUAGCUCUGCUGCCGUGUCGUGCCGACCGAUCGCCAGCGGGGCUCAAGUACAGAGUGCCUGUCGGCUACUCCCUGGACGUGUUCGACAG